CUAAGGUCAUCUUGGCGAAAGCUACUGAAUCAAAUUCAAUAGCUGUUAUUACAGUUGAGCCCGCAAUGAGAAAUUCUUUUGUUUUAAGAAUCAUACAAGUGAGGCUAUUCGGCCGAUACAAUGUUUGUUGUCUUAUUUGAAUCUACUGAGUAUUAGUAUGCACAACCAUCCAAUAUUCAUGUCAACACACAGCUGGGAGAAUGUUUGACAUAUGUGACGGCUUUCUCUAUGCUUCUGAGCUUUGUAUAUACGAUUUGAAAAUCUAAGGAAUUAAGUGCUUAACGUUCUCAACCACGUUAAGGAACUGCAUUGGAAUCAUAUUGAACCCUAUUGAAUUCCAGGAAGACAGCCCAGAGCGUCUUCAGCAGGAUCACGGCCACUUGAGAAGCGUGUCGGGAUGUUCAAUAAUGGUACAGAUCCCACUCUGAUUUCAAGACAGUUCCAGAGAAUACAAGAGAGAAGAAUGUAUUUAUCGCAGCAACAGUACAGUAGAGAAGCUGAUGAAAGAACUAAUGUUACCAACAAUGGCCAUUCUUCCAGCGUUCUUGCAAAUCUCUUGAGGAGUGAUCAGAAUAUAAAAACGGUACAGCGUCCAUCACAGAAUACGGGUUCUCUCCAUCCAAGUACGUCCAUACAAGAUUCUAUGUCAUCUGCAAAUCAAACGAUUCAAGAAACGACGGUCCCUUCUGAUGGCGCUUUGAGACCUGCAACAUCAACUAAUCAAGAAACAGUAAGCAACGACCGAAUUAAUUGCCGCCAAGAACUGCUAAUGGAAGUUCUUUCCCAAUUCGAAAAGAGAGUAAAUGCUCAUCAAAAUAAAGGUGUUGAGUGCUCUAAGCGCCAACUCAAUUCUAACAACGGAGUUGCGUUCGACUGGGGUAAGCUCCCAAGGAUCGGCUCUGUCCACUCAGUGCAAGGUAUUGUGGGACAGGAAAGGGUAAACACCUCAUUGGCCGUUGGAUCGAAAGAGCCAAGCAGUAACAAUCCACUCUCUAGGAUGGGAAAGAUAAAAAUGGCAGAGCUUGCGAGACUCAUUCUUGAUGGUACCUUUGACAACUUUCUCAAUCCCAGUUUUCCGAAAGACCAAACUGCUGGCAAUGUUAAAACGGCAACAGUUGGUUUGAAUAGUGCAUCUGAAGAAAACGAUAAAGAUUCUAAUCAGGUUUCAAGAGUUGAGAGUCGGCUGUUUGGUCCUCGAGUAGGGAGUAGUUCCCAGGAUAGGGCAGUGAAUUCGGUACCUGCCAAUGCCUAUGAAAAUAGGCAACAGGAAACUUCUGCCAAUCAGAUUGUUUCAACUUUCAAUCAAUCUAGUGCGUAUCCCAAUACUAGUGGCAGUCUUGAUCCCCAAUCAAAUCAAAGAACAAGCUACAUUACGAAUACCCCAAAUUUCCCCAGUACUGGACGUCAUAACAUUCAAUCAAAUCAGAGAACAUUAUACAAUACUAAUAAUGGUAAUCCCAAUGCUGCUGGAAGUUAUGAUACUCAAUCAAAACGGAGAACAAAUUACAGUGUGAAUACUUCAAACCUGUCUACUAGUGGAAAUCAUGAUCUCCAAGCGAAUCAAAGAGCAAGUUACAAUACGGGUAUUUCGAAUCGCAACGCUAGUGGAAGAUAUGAUCGCCAAACAAAUCAAUUGACGAGUUACAGUACGAGCUUCAAUCAUCAAAACGUCUCGCACAUGACACAUGGACAGACCCCUGGCGUCUAUAUGCGCACUCCUGUGCCAUCAUCUUACCCCCGACCUCUUCGCAGCGUUCCAAGUGCACCUAGCGUCAACAGCAGUUCUUGUUACAUUCGUCACCCUUUGACCUCUAUUCCGGUGGCGUUAUCUAUUCAGCCAGCUGGAAUAAAUGCAUAUAGAGACUACAGGUUUUCAUAUCCCCAUAGGGCGACCAGAACUGCAAGAGUUGAACCUUUGAGUAAUCACACCAAUAUUGUUCAACCAUCGCCUCGUGCUACCCACGUAACUACUUCGAACACUACAACUCCUUCUAGUCCUGGCUAUGAUUUUUCAAAAAACGCUGAGCAUGAUCCGAACAGUUGCCUUGACUGCAGCUUAUUAGGUACCUGUCCUAUAAAGAAGGCCAUUGCCGCUGUUGGUCUAGCCAAUGAAAAAGAAAAAGAACCGAAGGAUUCUAGUGAUGAAGAGCCUGAACUUAUAAUAACAAAGGUAACAACUAAAGACGCAGAACGUGGACCCAUUGAACGGAUAGAUGUCGAUGAGUGGGCUUGUUCCUCGGAGUCUCACUCGGAAUCAGUCAAAGUAAAACAAGAACCAGCGGAUAAAGAGGAAGUGGCUCAUGCGGAAAAGAGUCAGAGCGUUAUAAAUAACAUUGUCAAUCAAAUGCGUUUAAUGGCUAGAAAACUACUUACUGAAGAUGGUGUUUUACAUAUGGGAACAAAUUCUGGAAGAAAUGAACAGAACUCUAUUGAUAACAGCUUGAAUUCGGAUUCUGUUUCUAUUCAAGAGUCUGUCAGCGACAGCAAUGCUGUAGACAGGCAACAGGUAGCCGUUUCUGAAGAUUUAUCUACACAACCUACCUCAGACGCCACCGAUAGGGGUGGUCAAAAUGUCACCGAGAGUAGCACUAUGGUUGGCCAAGAGGCUUCUUCUGAAUUUUCAGAAGGAAGGAAUACGAUUAUAGACCGUACCAGUGAAGACAUAGCCACAGAUCAACUGACAGCUUAUAAAGUUACUGAAAAGAGUAUUGUUCAAGAUCGUGUCACUAUGGAAAUACAGGCUGCUACUGAAGCUCCCGACGAAAGUAUUAUUCUAGAGCAUGUCACUGAAGACAUCACCACGGAUAUACAGACUACUUCUGAGGUUACUGCAGAAAGUAUUACUCAAGAAGAAGACCCUGGCACAAUAAUCGCCAUAGACACACAGACUGCUUUUGAUGUUAAUCAAGAAAGUAUUGCUCAAUACGGUGUCACUGAAGGCGUCACCAUGGACACACAGCCUGCUACUGAAAGUGUCGAAGAAAACGUUAAUCAAGGCCAUAUUACUGAGGAUAUAAAUGUAGACCGGCAGAGUGUUUUUGGAGUUACUGAUAUUGACCAAGAUGCUGACGCCACCCAAAGAAACGUCUCAAAUGAGAGAAGUGAUGAAAUUGUUGGUGACGACAACUAUCCUUUGGCUACACUGACGAAAAGAAUCAAAUCACUAGAGCAUUGCAUAAACUUUUUAAAACAACGCGCUAACUCCGAUUGUGGUCCAUCUGAAAGCGAAUACGAUAAAGGAGAUCGAAACUAUCAGAAAUACGUAUUGAUGGAAGGCGGGGAACUUGCUGAUCAAGACAAUGAUGAAACUGUACGAAGAAAUACAAAAAGUGUCGAACAUUUUGCUACUAGUCGAACAAUCAGCCAACGAAUAUGCACUAUAACUGAGAUGAGUUUACAGGAUAAAGAAGCAAUGGAAAGCCUCGAAAGAGAACUUGAAGAAAACGAAGAAAAAUUAAAGAAUCAGAACGUUGUGCCGAUAAGAACGAAAUAUCUCAAAGAACGAUUGUAUUUGCUGAAGAAGAUCGAAAGAAUUCGCCAGAAGUACGAGAUGAGUUUACAGGAUAGAGAAGCGAUAGAUAACCUUGAAAAAAGGCUUGAAAUGAAUCAAGAGAAAUUGAAAAAUCAAAACGUUGCGUGGAUAAGAAAAAAUUGUCUUAAAGCUCGAAAAAUUUUGUUCAAGAAGAUUGAUAGGAUAAGAGGGAAAUAUGGAUUUCUGCCUGAAGAACCGUCGUCCCUAAAUGAUGAAGAUUUGGAAGGCAGAAACAUUGAAGACAAUCCACAAAACAUGGAAAGUCUUGAGGCAGAGGCUGCGCCGGAAGUGAACGCUGCACUUAUAGUUGUGGAAAAUCGUUUUCCUCUCGAUGCAGUUCCUGAUCAAGAAAACGUCUGCGAAUUUACAAGAAAUAGUGCCGAUAGCCUUGAAAUGCCUAAAUCAAACGCGGGAAUGAACCAGGAAAACGAACGUCUGUCCAACGAGGCUACUGAUCAAGCUGAAGAAGUCACUAGCGAAGAAGGAUCUGCAUUAGAGAGUAUAGCGACUGAUUUAAACAACAAAUUAGAUAUGGAAGAAGAAAAUCCUGUUUUGUCCGAGGAGACAAAUCCAAUGGCGGACCCCUCCACGAAAGAUGGCCUCUCAGAAAAGAGUGAAGUCAUUCGGGAAUCAAACGUUGAAGAGGCCUUCAUUCUGGAAGAUGCGAUAGAAGCUUUUGUCGAAAAGCCUCGAAAUCGGCAAGAUGAGACUUCCGGUGAAAAAUCUUCAACUCCCUUUUCUCUAAAUAAUCACCUAGAAGUAUCCUCUCCUCUGCAAAAUGAGAAUCAAGAAAAUAGAGGACUCUCUUUUCCCUAUAAGGGGAAGCAAGAUAAGUCAGACAAGUCAGUACCGAAGAAAACUACAACAAACUUAUCGACCGAAAGUUUACCACUGAUGAACCGCGACAGUUAUAUUAUUGAGAGCACACGUAUAACUAAUGGUGAAGCGCAGGCCAUUCAACUACCAGAAAUUCAAGACCUUUCAAACGAAAGUACUAAUAGUAUUUCAGAUAGAGCUUUUCCAGAACUGACCAGAGCUGACCAAUUUGGGGAAAGUGCCAAUAUUUCCAAUGCUGCAAGGGACAGUCCUGCUUCGAAAAACAUUUUGAGGAAAGAAAAGCGAAAAAGUGAUGCCAAAGAAGAACAUGUAAUAAUAAAAAAAGAGAAAAUUGACGCGGAUCAAGAAAAUACACCACAAAAAGAAAACAGUUAUAAUAUAUGGGAUUUCAUUAAAAAAUAUUCUCAUCGAUAGCGGUUAUACUGAUUGAAUAUAUUGCUGUGAGCUAGAUUACAUGUUUUCUGUAUUAACGAAAAUAUUUUGAUAAUAAAAUAUACGCAAAGGAAAAAAA